AUGACUGCUCUCAAUGACACAUAUAUGACUGCUGUCAACGACACAUAUAUGACUGCUGUCAACGACACAUAUAUGACUGCUGUCAACGACACAUAUAUGACUGCUCUCAGCGACACAUAUAUGACUGCUCUCAACGACACAUAUAUGGCUGCUCUCAAUGACACAUAUAUGACUGCUCUCAGCGACACAUAUAUGACUGCUGUCAACGACACAUAUAUGACUGGUGUCAACGACACAUAUAUGACUGCUCUCAGCGACACAUAUAUGACUGCUCUCAACGACACAUAUAUGGCUGCUCUCAGCGACACAUAUAUGACUGCUCUCAGCGACACAUAUAUGACUGCUCUCAACGACACAUAUAUGGCUGCUCUCAAUGACACAUAUAUGGCUGCUCUCAAUGACACAUAUAUGGCUGCUCUCAAUGACACAUGUAUGACUGCUCUCAACGACACAUGUAUGACUGCUCUCAACGACACAUAUAUGACUGCUCUCAACGACACACAUAUGGCUGCUCUCAACGACACAUAUAUGACUGCUCUCAACGACACAUGUAUGACUGCUCUCAACGACACAUGUAUGACUGCUCUCAACGACACAUAUAUGACUGCUCUCAACGACACACAUAUGGCUGCUCUCAACGACACAUAUAUGACUGCUCUCAACGACACAUGUAUGACUGCUCUCAAUGACACAUGUAUGACUGCUCUCAACGACACAUGUAUGACUGCUCUCAACGACACAUGUAUGACUGCUCUCAACGACACAUGUAUGACUGCUGUCAACGACACAUAUAUGACUGCUGUCAACGACACAUGUAUGACUGCUCUCAAUGACACAUGUAUGACUGCUCUCAAUGACACAUGUAUGACUGCUCUCAGCGACACACAUAUGACUGCUCUCAACGACACAUAUAUGACUGCUCUCAGCGACACAUAUAUGACUGCUCUCAGCGACACAUAUAUGACUGCUCUCAGCGACACAUAUAUGACUGCUCUCAACGACACAUAUGACUGCUCUCAACGACACAUGUAUGACUGCUCUCAGCGACACAUGUAUGACUGCUCUCAACGACACACACAUGACUGCUCUCAACGACACAUAUAUGACUGCUGUCAACGGUUGCCAGGUGACUAUACGGGUAGCCAGGUUGACUUGGCCAGCAGCUGUACCCUAGGAUCUAGCUUGGCCGCCAGCUGUACCCUAGGAGCUAGCUUGGCCGCCAGCUGUACCCUAGGAGCUAGCUUGGCCGCCAGCUGUACCCUAGGAGCUAGCUUGGCCAGCAGCUGUACCCUAGGAGCUAGCUUGGCCCACCAGCUGUACCCUAGGAGCUAG